AUGUCGGAUUGCUCUUACUACCCUCUGCCGGUCGGAACGACAUACUGCCAGGAGCCCCAAUCUGGCUUUGAAAGCUGCUGGUCAGCUUACGACAAUACGCAUGGAGCGAUCCCAGUUCCGGAGGCACACUACCAACAGCCAUCUUCAUACACACUGCAGUCGUCAGCAUAUCAUGAGUCUGAUGACUCUAUACCGUCACCGUCUGGCUCGCCCACAGCCUCAGCGAUGAGAGCAGUGAAUGUGCCCAAGAAGAAAGGACGGGCUAUGCAGGUACGACACCUGCCCAAACAAGAAGCCCAAUUGCAGCGACUCAUUGCUCGAAGGCCUGCGAUCACUGUCGAUUUCGAAAGCAAAGGUGUGACGAGGGCAAGCCCUGUGGGUAUUGCGAAGAGAACGACUUGGACUGCAGCUAUCGUCCGAUCGUUUCAACGAAGUGACUUGCUCCCGCGUAUUGUGUCAAGGAUGCAUACCGAGCUGAUGCUUUACAGGUUCGAGAACAUUGUCGAAACCAUGAUCCACUGGAUGACCAGUCAGUCCAACAGCCUGACUGCGCUUUCUCGGAAGAUCGAUGCGUUUGACAGCAUGCUCAGUGACCGGGAGCGUAGAGACAGGCUACAAGGUGCUGCAUCGACACCACAAUCGGCUUCCUCUUCUGGCGUCGAAUUGCCCCUGCAACGUGAACCGCAAAGCUGGGCGCAAGAGCUUAGGCCCAGCUCUGUGCUCCAUUGGCAUGAAAUGCGCAAAGUCUUCUCACGCGCCGGAGUUGACUUCAACAAGGCCUACCUUCGCAAGGCCGAAGACCGCCCUGUUUUACAGCUGCAGACGAAUCACAACAGCAGUUGGGAAAGCUGUGACAAUCCAAACGAUGGACCUGAGUUGCACCAAGGGCGAUUCGGACGCGACAACUCACGACCAACACCAUUGACGAGCGGCAAGAGGAAGAGGUCCUCUAUGGAUGGAGACUGCACGUCACAGACCGGGCCGAGCAGCGAUUUCAAUGAGUUCAAGGUCAGAAAGCUACACCACGAGUUCGUGCAUCGGGUCUUGUGCCUGCAUCCCUUUUUGAGCUCGUUGCAGCUGCAGCAGACUGUCAACGACUUCGUCAAAACUUACAUUCAGCCGAAUCCGGUAUCUGGAAUUCCGCCCGCAAAGAGACGAUGCUUAGGCCUCCCGGACACCCGCGUCGUUACCACCAAACGUUUCGAUCAGAGGUCCACCAACGCGAUAGUCUUGCUUGCUCUUGCUAUCGGCGAGGCAGCGGCGUACCGGGUAGAUCCUCUUGGAAUCAAGGCUACCGAUGAUACUAUUCCAGUUGACUCUGAAGACAGUGACUCUCGGGAGGCCGGAGGGAUCUCGUACUUUCGAGAGGCCAUGAGAAUCGUAUCCGCUCACAUGGACGGCAACGAACUCGUGCACGCACAGAUGUUUCUGAUGGCCGGAAUCUACAAAGCUCAUCUCGCGCGAAUGAAUGAGGCUUCUAGCUGGUACUCUAUGGCUGGCCGAGUACUGAUACACCUGAUCAAUCGGAGACGCUUAUUUCGCACAAGCAACAACGUGCAUAAGGAAGAAGAUUCCGCACAGUCUUUCGGAAACGAAAACGAGAUGAUCCUUAGGACCGCCUGGUCUUGUCUUCGCCUGGAGAGCGACAUCACGCCUGAUCUCAAGCUACCAUCGAGUGGCCUUGAAGGCAUCGCGCAUAAGCUACAGCUUCCUCACUUGGAUAGUUCAAUCAAUGGCAAUUCUUCCAGAUCCCACGUCGACGGACGCCGGCCUCCAGCCUUUCAAAACGUGGUCUAUAGGGCUCAGCUACAACUCACCCAGCUCCAACAGAAAACCCGGCACUCAUGGCACUCUUCUGAGCCCGAUCACGAGCAAAUGGAUAGUGUGAUCACAGCACUGAAGCGCCAUCAAAAUGAGUUACGAUGCUGGUGGAGCACUCUACCUGAGGAAUUCCGCGAAGAGCCUUCGAAUGACAUGCAGACCGCUCAAUUACAACAUUCGUACUUUGAAACACAGAUCAGCCUCCUCCGACCUUUUCUGGACUACACGCUUCACAACCUGCCGCGCUUCAAACACGCCAUCGAUUUUGAUCUCUGCCUAAAAGAGCCAGGAAACCCGCAGCGUUCCUCUCCCGAUCUCAAAUUCCUAUCUGCGAUCAAUAAUCUCUAUCGUCAAGGGGGGGUUCAGGAAAUUCUGCAAAAUGCUGAGCUCUGUCUACAAGCGGCGAAGCAGAGUCUUGCCGCAUUCGAUGGCAUUCAAGGACCACUGGUCGUACCGGAUAUUCUGAGCCUCCUGCAUGGACAGUUCUGUAAUGUGCUGUUGCUCACUGCUGCGCGGGACUGUGAACAAUGGAGAGGACCCAUGCAAUUGGAAGAGUUGCGGCAGCUGGUUGGCAAGACGGUGACAGCUCUAAAGGGGACUUCCACGCUGUCGCCCGCGUGCAAAGCAGACCACGAGAUUCUAGAAGCGGUCUACAAAAGUCUCGAUAAGGAUCAUUAA